GAACCUUUUUGCGACGCCGUUGUCGCUCUAAUGGCAGAUCGUAAAUUACAAUACCUUACGAAAGCAUAAAACUCCCAAUUUGAUAAAGGAAAAGGAACAUAAACAAGCGUUUGGGUUUUCUUUAAAAUUAAUCAAAAACCAAAAAUUGAAACUCUUUUAUUUUUUUUUUCCCUUUUUCCGUUUAGUUUUGCUUGCUUCGCUUAGUUAUCCUCUUCUUUGCUUCUGACAUUUUGCCUACACCCAGGAACCAAAUAGGAAAUUAGGGUUCUUGUUCUGAAAUUCAAUGACUUUUUAUGAUGGUAAUAGUAACGGUGAGGGAGGAGAGGUGAUGCCAGAGCUGAAGGUAAGAGUUGAGGGUGACGAUAAUGGUGUUAAUGGAAAAAGGGUAACUUUGAGACAGCGAUUAUUGGAAGAAUGUGAAGCAGAAGAGAGGUAUUUGUUGGUAAAGGAGCCUGCUUUUUCUUGUAUACAGAGAAGGUCUAUUUGGUUUUGGGUGAAGUUGGGAGUUUUAUUUACAUUUAUAGGGUUAUUGGCUGCUGUUUUCUUCAGAUGGGUUGGCCCCUUUUUAAUGGACAAGGAGCUAAUGCCUAUAAUAAAUUGGGAGAUGACAACCUUUAGUACUCCAAUGCUGGCAGUUCUAGUCUUUGCCUCUGUGGCAUUAUUCCCUACAAUACUUUUACCAUCUACACCAUCAAUCUGGGUGGCAGGGAUGACUUUUGGUUAUGGUUUUGGGUUUCUACUAAUCAUAUCAGCAGCUGCUGUGGGUGUAUCACUUCCAUUCUUUAUUGGCUCUCUUUUCCUCCACAGAAUUCAAGGCUGGUUAGAAAAAUAUCCUAAGAAAGCAGCCAUUCUAAGAGCAGCAGGUGAAGGAAAUUGGUUUCAUCAGUUUAAAGCUGUAACAUUAAUUAGAAUCUCUCCAUUCCCAUAUAUCAUAUAUAACUAUUGUGCGGUGGCAACACAUGUUAAAUAUGGUCCUUACAUCUUGGGAUCUUUGAUAGGAAUGGUGCCUGAAAUUUUUGUUGCAAUAUACACUGGUAUCCUCAUACAGACAUUGGCAGAUGCUUCACAAGAACAACACACUUUAUCGGCUCCACAAAUUUUGUUAAAUGUUGGUGGUUUCCUUUUAACAGUGGUUACAACAAUUGUUUUCACAGUUUAUGCUAAAAGGCAACUAAAAGUGUUGCAGGGAGAAGAAUUGAUAUUACAGUGAGACGCGUUAUAGGGGUUGAUGAAGUUUUAUUUAUUGAGCAAAACUUCAUCCACGGAUGGAAAUGUGACACAAAAUUGGUUCUUUGUAACAUUGUGAAGGAAGUGACAAAAGGGAAAACCAAAACCAAGACAAAAAUUAUAACAUCUUACAGUCUUCCAUUUAUUUUAAGGGUUUAUUCUUUGGCGUCUCUCUCACACACACGCCUACUCAUAAUUGAGAUUUGUAUAUGAAUGAAACUGCUAAAGUCAAUAUUAUUUGACAUUCUGUACAUCAUUCAAUGUCAUUUUGUUGUUGACUUGUUGAAUAUGAUAUUCUGCACUGUAGAAUCCUUUGUUUUGGUAGCAGAAUGGUGGUAUUGUCCUCUAA